GACCAGCCCACAAUUUCUCACCAUUCAAUCCUCUAGGGUUGAAAAUGAUCCUUCCAAGGACUAUUUAAACCGUCCAAGAGAGAGCUGAUUGUAUUCUUCUUCCCCAUCCCGUAAACCCUAACUCGCCGCACCAGAGAGCUUCGCCAUGGGAAGAAGACCUGCCCGUUGUUAUAGGCAAAUCAAGAACAAGCCAUACCCCAAGUCAAGGUAUUGCCGUGGUGUUCCAGAUCCCAAGAUCAGGAUUUAUGAUGUUGGGAUGAAGAAGAAGGGAGUCGAUGAAUUCCCUUUCUGUGUCCACCUUGUGAGUUGGGAGAAGGAGAAUGUGUCAAGUGAGGCACUGGAAGCUGCCCGUAUUGCUUGCAACAAGUACAUGGCUAAAUUUGCUGGGAAGGACGCAUUCCAUUUGAGGGUGAGAGUGCAUCCAUUUCAUGUACUCAGGAUCAACAAGAUGCUUUCAUGUGCUGGGGCUGAUAGGCUCCAGACUGGAAUGAGGGGUGCAUUUGGGAAGCCGCAAGGGACCUGUGCAAGAGUUGACAUCGGUCAGGUCCUUCUUUCUGUUCGCUGCAAGGACAGCAACAGCGCUAAUGCACAGGAGGCCCUCCGCCGUGCCAAAUUCAAGUUCCCUGGCCGUCAAAAGAUCAUUGUCAGCAGGAAAUGGGGAUUCACCAAGUACAGCCGUGCUGAUUAUCUGAGGUGGAAGUCUGAAAACAGGAUUCUGCCAGAUGGUGUCAAUGCAAAGCUUCUUGGAUGUCAUGGACCCCUGGCAAAUCGUCAACCUGGAAGAGCCUUCUUGGAUGCAGUAACUGCUUAGAUUUUGUGCUACCUAAAACAGAAAAAGGAUGUCUUUUGGAGACAUUUAUGGGCUGUUGUUUUUCAUUUACUUGCUUUUGGCCUUGUUGAACUUCUUUAGAUUUGCGAGCGUGUUAGCAGAUUAUAUUUGGAUUCGAGUUUAUGUGUUAACUGUUAUUUCCAUACUUUGCACUUAAUUCAGUGUCCAUUUUCUUUCCUUAAA